AUGGUCGGUGAAGUAACAAGCCGCGUGUUGUUGGAAGACAUUCUGUCGGAGAAGCAGGUCCACCACAUAGUGAAGCAGGCGACCGGUGCCGACACCUGGGCACUGCGUGCGAGUGACGUCACGCCGGCGGCGGACGGCAUGGCCGGCUUCCUCGCAGACCACAAGCGAGUCAGGCUGGACGUCGCAGUGGACGGGGAAGUGAAACACAUCCAUCUGUUUAUAAAACGUAUCCCGCUGAACAACCAGCCGAAAGCAGAUUUAAUUACCAACAACAACUACUUUAGACGAGAGCAGUUCAUGUUCCAAGUGCUCGAGGAGAUCCGAGAUCACAAUGAUCCAAAUCCCUGGUGUCCGAAAGCGUACAUCUACACUGACUCAGUGAUCGUGAUGCCAGACUUGUCGGUCGAAGGGUACGCCUCGCCUUACUACCUGGACACGCUGGACUACGAGCACCUGAUGCUCGGCAUGGCAGCGCUCGCCAGGUUCCACGCAGCCUUCACCAACUACGAGACCAAGAAAAGCAUUGCCAACAACCGUCCGUACAACACUAACGAUGAACAUGGAAACUUGCUGACGGAGCCGACAUUCUGUGACUGUCCCUUCAUGAAAUCUUGCGCCAAACUAACUGCAAACUUCCUUAAGACUUAUUCUUGCAAGCCGUAUCGGAAUCUACCUGAUUUGGAGGCAAAAAUAGGUAAGCAGAAUUUAGUUGCAUGUGAUACUAUGAGGGAGUGGAAGGGCACACUGAACGUACUGAUCCACAAGGACCUGUGGGUGAACAACAUCAUGUUCAAGUACCAGGACAAUGAACUCGUCAACGCGAUGAUCGUCGACUUCCAGCUGAUCCGAUACACGCCGCCCGCGUUCGAUGUAAUGACCUUCAUGUAUUUGACGACGUCCAGGAGCUUCAGAGAACAGUACGAGCGAAAGCUGUGCGACCGAUACUUCGCGGUGUUCUGCGAGCAUUUGGACGAUGAGUCGAAGCGGCGAGUUAAAAAAUUGGGGUACGAUAAGGAAAGCUUCCUGCAGUGGUGCGAGCAGAGUCGCAUGUUUGGACUGUUGGAGUCGGUCGCCAUUCAUCCCUUCGUCCUGAUGCAUCCCAAAGUUGCACAGAAGACGUUCGACGACCCCGAGACGUACGACCGGUUGGUGAACGAGGACCGCACGGAGCCGGUGCUGGCGUAUGCGCAGCAGUGCGCGCGCUACCGGGACAGGAUGCUCGAGGUGUCCGAGGAGUUCGUCGAGAGAUACGUGCUGAGCGAGCCGUGA